CGCACAGCCGGCGCUCUGGCUGCUGCGCUGCCUCCUCCAGCUUCUCAGCCUCCCUCCCCGUCUCGCCAGCAGGGCCCGUGGCCUGUAAAACCCUGUGCCGCCGUGUCAGCGCGUUAGUCAGCCUCUCAGCCCAGGCGAGCCACCGCGCCGCGGAGUCCCUAUAAACUCCCUGGUGUGGCCCGGCCCCACCGAGUGGGGUCAGUGAGGCCCAUAGGCAGAGCCAGAGUCCUGAGCUGCGGUGCCGCGGGCUCCAGCCAAGGGGCAGGACCUGGGACAGGGGGCCGAGCCUGGCGUGGGAGCACACAGCCACUGUGGCCUCCAGGGACGCCCUCUGAGCUGGCCUGAGGCCGGCCAGUCCAUGAGCCAGGGCCCCUGGGGAGCAGACACCUGGUGACGGAGGCGCUGGAUCCAGGGCCAUGUCUGGGAAACGAAGUCGAGUUCGCAAACCCCGGGCCAGGAGGGCAGGCAGGGCCCAGCCGGCAGCUGGGCAGCAGGGCCCCGAGGUCGAGCCCCCGCCCCCCACCCCAGGGGGCCCUCAGGGCGAAGCGGGGGUGGCCCCUACAGGGCACGUGACCAGCAUCGAGCCAGCACCUCAGGAACACCCCAGGGUGGCCAGGCCAGAGCAGCCACAGGCAGCCUCGAGGCCGGUGCCGGCUGCUGCUCCGGGGUCUGAGCUGGUGCUGGUCCUUGCUGGGCACAUGGAAGGCUGUGGAGCAGGGGACCCCAUGCCGGCCCUGGGCCCUGAACUGCUGAGGCUCCAUGAGGUCCAGCUGUGCCUGGCCCAGGAGCAGCUGCUGCUGGAGGACCGGUGGCGGCAGGUCCAGCUGCAGAUGCAGCUGUGGCGGGAGGAGCAGCUGUGGCUGCAGCAGCUGCAGGAGGAGCAGCUGUGGCUGCAGCAGCUGCAGGAGGAGCAGGCCUGGGUACACGUGGAGGGGCUGCAGCUGGCCGUGGCCCUGGAGCAGCUCCGAAGUGAGGGCCUCGAAGCACUGCAGACCCAAGGCCAGGCCCCCGGCCCCAACAUGGCCCGUCGCUCUCAGAGCUCUUCGCAGGGGGACAACCCGCUGGCGCCUGGGUACCUGCCGCCUCACUACAAAGAGUACUACCGCCUGGCGCUGGAUGCGCUGGCCGAGGGUGGCUCGGAGGCCUACAGCCGCUUCCUGGCUACCGAGGGGGCACCGGACUUCCUGUGCCCUGAAGAGCUGGAACAUGUGAGCCGACACCUUCGGCCUCCACAGUAUGUCACCCGAGAGCCACCGGAAGGCAGCCUUCUCGACGUGGACAUGGAUGGCUCCUCGGGUACAUACUGGCCGGUGAACUCAGACCAGGCCGUGCCUGAGCUUGAUCUGGGCUGGCCUCUGACCUUCGGCUUCCAGGGCACUGAGGUGACCACCUUGGUGCAGCCACCGCCCCCCGACAGCCCCAGCAUCAAGGAUGAGGCCCGCAGGAUGAUCCGUUCCGCCCAGCAGGUGGUGGCUGUGGUGAUGGACAUGUUCACUGAUGUGGACCUGCUCAGCGAAGUGCUGGAAGCCGCAGCCCGUCGGGUCCCAGUCUACAUCCUGCUGGAUGAGAUGAACGCGCAGCACUUCCUGGACAUGGCUGACAAGUGCCGUGUCAACCUGCAGCACGUGGAUUUCCUGCGCGUACGGACUGUGGCGGGCCCCACCUACUACUGCCGCACUGGGAAGUCCUUCAAGGGCCAUGUCAAGGAGAAGUUCCUGCUGGUGGACUGUGCCGUGGUGAUGAGUGGGAGCUACAGCUUCAUGUGGUCCUUUGAGAAGAUCCACCGCAGCCUGGCGCACGUGUUCCAAGGAGAGCUGGUCUCCAGCUUCGACGAGGAGUUCCGCAUCCUCUUCGCGCAGUCCGAGCCGCUUGUGCCCUCGGCCGCGGCCCUGGCCCGCAUGGACGCCUAUGCCCUGGCUCCGUAUGCCGGGGCCGGGCCCCUCGUGGGCGUCCCUGGGGUCGGGGCGCCAACCCCCUUCUCCUUCCCUAAACGAGCGCACCUGCUGUUCCCGCCACCCCGGGAAGAGGGCCUGGGCUUCCCCUCCUUCCUCGACCCGGACCGCCACUUCCUGUCGGCCUUCCGCCGGGAGGAGCCGCGGAUGCCGGGGGGCGCGCUGGAACCGCACGCGGGGCUGCGGCCGCUCUCGCGGCGCCUGGAGGCCGAGGCCGGGCCGGCUGGGGAGCUCGCGGGCGCGCGGGGCUUCUUCCAGGCGCGGCACCUAGAGAUGGACGCCUUCAAGCGGCACAGCUUCGCGACCGAGGGCGCGGGCGCCGUGGAGAACUUCGCGGCCGCGCGGCAGGUGUCGCGGCAGACGUUCCUCAGCCACGGCGACGACUUCCGCUUCCAGACCAGCCACUUCCACCGCGACCAGCUCUACCAGCAGCAGUACCAGUGGGACCCGCAGCUCGCGCCGGCGCGUCCGCAGGGCCUGUUCGAGAAGCUUCGCGGGGGCCGCGCGGGUUUCGCGGACCCGGAUGACUUCACCCUGGGAGCCGGGCCGCGCUUCCCGGAGCGCGGACCCGACGGGCACCAGCGGCUGGACUACGUGCCGUCCAGCGCGUCCCGCGAGGUACGCCACGGCUCGGACCCCGCCUUCGGGCCCGGACCCCGCGGCCUGGAGCCCAGCGGAGCCCCGCGCCCCAACCUGACCCAGCGCUUCCCAUGCCAGGCCGCGGCGAGGCCCGGCCCAGACCCCGCUCAGGCGGAGCCGGAGCGCAGGGGCGGGCCCGAGGGGCGGGCCGGGCUGCGGCGCUGGCGCUUGGCCUCCUACUUGAGUGGCUGCCACGGCGAGGAUGGGGGCGACGACGGCCUGCCGGCUCCCAUGGAAGCGGAGGCUUACGAAGACGACGUGCUGGCCCCCGGGGGCCGGCCACCUGCCGGCGACCUGUUCCCCUCGGCCUUCCGCGUCCCUGCAGCCUUCCCCACCAAGGUCCCGGUGCCAGGCUCAGGCAGCGGCGGCAACGGCCCAGAGCGCGAGGGCCCGGAGGAGCCUGGCCUGGCCAAGCAGGACUCAUUCCGCUCGCGCCUGAACCCUCUGGUCCAGCGCAGCUCCAGGCUGCGCUCCUCGCUCAUCUUCAGCACGUCACAGGCCGCGGGCGCGGCCGGGGCUGCGGCGGCCACUGAGAAGGUACAGCUGCUGCACAAGGAGCAGACGGUCAGCGAGACGCUGGGGCCCGGCGGAGAGGCCGUACGCUCCGCGGCUUCCACCAAGGUGGCGGAGCUGCUGGAGAAGUACAAGGGCCCAGCCCGUGAUCCCGGCGGCGGCGCGGGCGCCAUCACCGUUGCCAGCCACAGCAAGGCCGUCGUGUCCCAGGCGUGGCGGGAAGAGGUGGCGGCCCCAGGUGGCGUGGGGGGCGAGCGCCGCAGCCUCGAGAGCUGCCUGCUGGACCUGCGCGACUCCUUUGCGCAGCAGCUGCACCAGGAGGCGGAGCGGCAGCCGGGAGCCGCGUCACUCACCGCGGCGCAGCUGCUCGACACGCUGGGCCGGAGCGGCUCUGACCGCCUGCCCUCCCGCUUCCUCUCUGCCCAGGGCCACUCAACCUCCCCGCAAGGGCUGGACAGUCCUCUGCCGCUGGAAGGGCCCGGGGCGCACCAGGUGCUCCAUAAUGAGCCAAAAGGGAGCCCCACCUCGGCUUACCCUGAGCGGAAGGGGAGCCCCACGCCUGGGUUUUCCACUCGAAGAGGAAGUCCAACUACAGGAUUUAUCGAGCAGAAGGGGAGCCCCACCUCAGCCUACCCCGAGCGCAGGGGCAGUCCGGUGCCCCCCGUGCCGGAGCGCAGGGGCAGUCCGGUGCCCCCCGUGCCGGAGCGCAGGGGCAGCCUCACCCUUACCUUCUCCGGGGUCCCGAAGGCCGGGCCCGCGGAGGAGGGGCCGAGCGGCCCCAUGGAAGUCCUGCGCAAAAGCUCCCUGCGUCUUAGGCAGCUGCUGAGCCCCAAGGGCGAGCGGCGUAUGGAGGAUGAGGGUGGCUUCCCAGUGCCACAGGAGAACGGCCAACCCGAGAGCCCGCGGCGGCUGUCACUGGGCCGGGGUGACAGCACGGAGGCUGCCACAGAAGAGCGGAGUCAGCGGGCGCGCCUGUCCUCAGCCACGGCCAACGCCUUGUACAGCAGCAACCUUCGGGAUGACACGAAGGCCAUUCUGGAGCAGAUCAGCGCCCACGGCCAGAAGCACCGCGGUCCUGCCCCGAGCCCCGGUCCGACCCACAGCAGCCCCGAGCUAGGCCGUCCACCGGCUGCUGGCGUCCUGGCCCCAGAUAUGUCCGACAAGGACAAGUGUUCAGCCAUCUUCCGCUCGGACAGCCUGGGGACCCAGGGCCGGCUGAGCCGCACGCUGCCAGCCAGCGCGGAGGAGCGCGAUCGGCUGCUGCGCCGCAUGGAGAGCAUGCGCAAGGAGAAGCGCGUGUACAGCCGCUUCGAGGUCUUCUGCAAGAAAGAGGAGGCCAGCGGCCCUGGGGCAGGGGAAGGCCCCGCGGAGGAGGGCACCAGGGACAGCAAGGUGGGCAAGUUCGUGCCCAAGAUCCUGGGCACAUUCAAAGGCAAGAAGUGAGUCUUCUGGCCUAGCAGCCCAGCCCAGGCCAGGGCGUCCGCUUCACUGUCCCGGUCACCCGGAACCCCCACGGAACAGAGAGCCCUGCUCAUGUGCUUGAGCGGCGGCUGUCAGGCCACGGCCGCUUGGGGCUUGGCUGAGUGCGCCAGACCUCGGCUCCACUGGACGCUCACCUGGCAGCUGCCGUCUCUGCCCCCUGGCCUCCCCAACGCUGGGGCUGCAGCCCCUCACCACCAGUGCCUUUCUCCCCUCAGCACCUUCAUUUCUGCACCAUCAGCCUUGCGUGGCGCAGCGUCUGGCUCCGCCAUCUCUUUGUGCCUCAGUCCUCC